AUGGCACGACGCCGCUAUGGUGCAUCCAAAUAUUUUUAUUUGUCCAGUAUUGAAGAUCUCGCUUCGGACAAGGGUCGAAAACGCAACGCAUUUUUGACUGCGGCAUGCUUUGGCCGGGAUCCGAAACCUGGUGCAGAAUUGAAGCUGGACGAUAGAUGCUGGGCAUAUACCUGGAUGGCUUAUCAUGGUGGAGUUGAUGAUAUGCGAGCCCUAGGAACGAGCGUGGAGCACUUCAUAGACGUCGAAGCCUACAAUCCGGUCACCAUGGCGGCCAGGUCUGAGCACAUCGGUACUUUGACUGCUACCGUAGAGUGCAGACAUAAAUCGUCCGUCGAAUAUCUGUGUGUUGAUGAUAACAUACAGCGGUUGACAGAGGACCAAGUCAUCCAUGCCUGUGGAACUGCUGUCACGAACGGCUGCGUUCAUGUUCUUCGCUAA